GGUGAUGUCAAGAAAGUCAUAGAUCUCUAUAAUCGGGGAGAAGAAGCAAUAGAGUACCUCAACCUAUAUCUUAAAAAAGCUAAAGAAGUAGGAGACAAGCAUGGGGAGAGUGUUGCUUAUAACAGUCUUGGCAAUGCUUAUCACCGUCUGGGUGAUUUCAAAAAAGCCAUGGAGUACCACAACCUACAUCUUAAAAUAGCUAAAGAAGUAGGAGACAAACAUGGGGAGGGUGGUGCUUAUGGCAAUCUUGGCAAUGCUUAUAACAGUCUGGGUGAUUUCAAAAAAGCCAUAGAGUACCACAACCUACAUCUUAAAAUAGCUAAAGAAGUAGGAGACAAGCAUGGGGAGGGUAACGCUUAUUGUAAUCUUGGCAAUGCUUAUGACCGUCUGGGUGAUUUCAAAAAAGCCAUAGAGUACCACAACCUACAUCUUAAAAUAGCUAAAGAAGUAGGAGACAAGCAUGGGGAGGGUAACGCUUAUGGUAAUCUUGGCAAUGCCUAUCAGAGUCUGGGUGAUUUAAAAAAAGCCAUAGAGUACCACAACCUACAUCUUAAAAUAUCUAAAGAAGUAGGAGACAAGCAUGGAGAGGGUAAUGCUUAUAACGGUCUUGGCAAUGCUUAUCGCCGUCUGGGUGAUUUCAAAAAAGCCAUAGAGUACUACAACCUACAUCUUAAAAUAGCUAAAGAAGUAGGAGACAAGCAUGGGGAGGGUGGUGCUUAUGGCAGUCUUGGCAAUGCUUAUAUUAGUCUGGGUGAUUUCAAAAAAGCCAUAGAGUACUACAACCUAUCUCUUAAAAUAGCUAAAGAAGUAGGAGACAAGCAUAGUGAGGGUAUUAUUUAUGGCAAUCUUGGAAAUGCUUAUGUUAGUCUGGGUGAUUUCAAAAAAGCCAUAGAGUACCACAACCUACAUCUUAAAAUAGCUAAAGAAGUAGGAGACAAGCAUGGGGAGGGUAACGCUUAUGGCAAUCUUGGCAUUCCUUUUUUUGGUCUGGGUGAUUUCAAAAAAGCCAUAGAGUACCACAACCUACAUCUGAAAAUAGCUAAAGAAGUAGGAGACAAGCAUGGGGAGGGUAAAGCUUAUGGCAAUCUUGGCCGUGUUUAUUUAAGUCUGGGUGAUUUCAAAAGAGCCAUAGAGUACCACAACCUAGAUCUUAAAAUAGCUAAAGAAGUAGGAGACAAGCAUGGAGAGGGUGGUGCUUAUAGCAGUCUUGGCAAUGCUUAUCAGAAUCUAGGCGAUUUCAAAAAAGCCAUAGAGUACCACAACCUACAUCUUAAAAUAGCUAAAGAAGUAGGAGACAAGCAUGGGGAGGGUGGUGCUUAUGGCAAUCUUGGCAAUGCUUAUUACAGACUGAGUGAUUUCAAAAAAGCCAUAGAGUACCAGAAUCUACAUCUUAAAAUAGCUAAAGAAGUAGGAGACAAGCAUAGGGAGGGUAACACUUAUGGCAAUCUUGGCAAUGCUUAUAUUAGUCUGGGUGAUUUCAAAAAAGCCAUAGAGUACUACAACCUACAUCUUAAAAUAGCUAAAGAAGUAGGAGACAAGCAUGGGGAGGGUAACGCUUAUGGCAAUCUUGGCAAUGCUUAUAUUAGUCUGGGUGAUUUCAAAAAAGCCAUAGAGUACUACAACCUACAUCUUAAAAUAGCUAAAGAAGUAGGAGACAAGCAUGGGGAGGGUAACGCUUAUGGCAAUCUUGGCAAUGCUUAUGUUAGUCUGGGUGAUUUCAAAAAAGCCAUAGAGUACCACAACCUACAUCUUAAAAUAGCUAAAGAAGUAGGAGACAAGCAUGGGGAGGGUGGUGCUUAUGGCAAUCUUGGCAAUGCUUAUAACAGUCUGGAUGAUUUCAAAAAAGCCAUAGAGUACCAGAACCUACAUCUUAAAAUAGCCAAAGAAGUAGGAGACAAGCAAGGGGAGGGUAACGCUUAUGGCAAUCUUGGCAAUGCUUAUUUUAGUCUGGGUGAUUUCAAAAAAGCCAUAGAGUACUACAACCUAGGUCUUAAAAUAGCUAAAGAAGUAAGAGACAAAUCCUCGGAGGCAACUAUCUACUCUUCACUAGGACACGUUUUUGAGUUGCAAGGUGGACUGUCAAAAGCCGUUGAACAUUACCAAGCUAGCAUAAACUUAUUCAAUUCCUUGAGAGCACUUCUAAAAUCUAAAGAUGAGUGGAAAGUUAAUUUUCGAAAUCAGCAUCAAAUGGCGUAUACGGGUUUGUGGAGAGUUCUCGUAGAACAAGGUAAUGUAGAUGAAGCCUUAUUUGUUGCUGAGAAAGGACGAGCUCAAGCUCUGACCGACCUCAUGGAAUCCAUUUUUUGCGGUGGAACAAGUCACCACAACGGAGAAGAUGAAGAUUUCACAGUUUUAAAAAACGUUCCAUCAAACACUGUCUUUCAGGCAGUGGACAGAACUAACGUCAAUCUUUGGGUUGUGUCCGAAGGAAAACAAGUUCGGUUAAGACAAAGCAAACUCAAAGGUUUUGUUUCAGAGAAUAGUGAAUCUAGCCAGUCCUUUGAGUCGUUCAUGCUCGGUGUCUAUACACAACUUGGUGUUCGUUCUAAUGUGAGAUGCGAGGAUCGAUCUUUAGAUGCAUUGAGGGCGGGCCGUUCAAAAGUGGAUGAGAAAACCAAAGAAGCCAACCCUCAACCUCACAUCCAACAAGACGGAUGCUUGAGCACUUUGUAUGAUAUCGUUAUGAAGCCGGUGGCUGACUUGAUUGAAGGGGAUGAGCUACUCAUUAUUCCUGAUGGACCCUUGUGGAUCGCUCCUUACGCUGCAUUGAAGGAUGGUAAUUCUAAAUACCUGUGUGAAUCGUUCACAAUCCGAGUCGCUCCAUCGUUAGCAACUCUUAGUCUCAUUGCCGAUUGCCCAGAUGAUUAUCACAAAAGCAGUGAUGCGUUACUUGUAGGAGAUCCGUGGGUAUCCGAGGUUACUAACAGCGAGGGAGAGAAAGUCCUCGAGCAGCUUCCGUGUGCUAAAGAAGAAGUAGAAAUGAUCGGAAAAAUUCUGAAUAUCACGCCAAUCAUUGGCAGACAGGCCACGAAACGUGAAGUGUUGAAAAGACUCAGUUCCGUUUCCUUAGUUCACUUUGCGGCACACGGAUGUCCGGAAACUGGCGAAAUUGCUCUUACACCUGACCUAGACCGAAUAUCUACUGUGCCUACGGAGAAGGAGGAUUACAUUUUAACGAUUCGAGAUGUGUUGAAUGUUCAACUUCGCGCCAAACUUGUUGUGCUCAGUUGCUGCCACAGUGGUCGGGGCGAGAUCAAGGCUGAAGGUGUGGUUGGCAUUGCGCGCGCUUUUAUGGGGGCUGGUGCUCGGUCGGUUGUGGUGUCCCUGUGGGCGAUUGAUGACGAGGCUACUCUCCAGUUCAUGAAAUGCUUUUAUCGACACCUUGCAGAAGGUAAACCUACAAGCAAGUCACUGAACCUGGCCAUGAAAAGCCUCAGAGAAUCAGAUGAGUUCCACGAAAUCAAAUACUGGGCGCCCUUUUUGCUGAUUGGAGAUGACCUCACGUUUGAC